CGUGCGGGGGCGGGGCGGGCCCUGCGCGUGACUGGGAGGGCCGCCGCUCCGCGUCGCGCUCAGGAGCUAAAAUACUAGUUUGAACUGGAAGCAGCUGGCUGAAAAUAGAAGUAUUUGGACACCUUUGAACUGCAAAAGAGGGGGUAACUGCAAGCCUGAAACAUGCACCCCUUUAAUAGGACUUGGCUGGAGAAAAGUGCCUUGGAGAUUUCCUAGGACAGCAGAAUAGGAUUCUGUCGAAGCUGUCUAGUCCGCUUGGAUUUCUUGGAAGGAUCUUUGUUUUGUUGAGAUUCAGAAGAUCUCUUGUCUGUGAUAAGGAAACUUAAAACUAUACUUCUCUGCUUAAGCUGUUCAAGAGAUCCUCAGGCCUGGGAAGAAGGAAGCGUCUGACACCUUCACUCAGGUUCAGCAAGUGUCCAAUAGAAACACCUAAAAUAAAGGUUACUAGAUGUCAUCUCGUUGGAUUGGUGAAAUCAAGGGAGAGAAUAUCUGCCAUUGCUGCUGGAAAGAGAGAUGGCCGAGCAGUUUUUAGUGGAGAGGAAAACUCAUGUGUGGAGCAUGAGGCAGAUUUAAGACAGACUGAAAUAAAUGGCCACUUCGGUCUCAGCAGGGACCAAGGCAGUCUCUUGGUGGAAUUAUUUUUUCCUUUAUGAUGGCUCAAAGGUAAAGGAAGAAGGAGACCCAACAAGAGCCGGCAUUUGCUAUUUCUAUCCUCCUCAGACUGCGCUUGACCAGCAGGAGUUCCUCUGUGGACAUAUUGCCGGAGUUGUCCGCUGUGUUUUUGAAAUUUCUGAUUCUCCUCCCAGUCUUGUUCGUCUGAGGAAAUUGAAAUUUGCCAUAAAGGUCGAUGGAGAUUACCUUUGGGCGCUGGGCUGCACGAUAGAGCUUCCUGAUGUCAGAUGCAAGGAAUUCCUGGAUCAGCUGAUUGGAUUCUUUAGUUUUUAUAAUGGACCCAUUUCUCUGGCUUACAAGAGCCAUCCUCAAGAAGAGCUGAACAGAGAGUGGGACAGUUUCAUCAACUAUGUCCUGCAAAACACCAGUGAGCUGCACAGAAUAUUCAAUUCCCUUUGGAAUUUGGACAAAACUAAGGUGGAGCCCCUCCUCUUACUAAAAGCAGCUCUCAUCCUGCAAACCUGCCAGCGAUUUCCUCACAUUCUGGCUGGCUGCAUCCUCUACCAGGGACUGAUUGUUAGUACCCAGCUGCCACCUUCCCUCACUGCCAAGGUCCUCCUCCAUGGAGCGUCAUCUCCUAACAAGAGUCUGCCUACAGGAGGGGACGCCCUUCAGGACGGCGUCCCAGGAUCUGUGCUGCCAGCAGAUGUCCAGAUCACCCCAGUUUUCCUAACAGAAGAGGAAGCUGUCAGUCUUCGUGACUUCCCAGUGGAAUGGAUGACAAGGUCUCCCACGUCUCUGGCCAGAGACAGAGAGAAAUCGCAGCCACCUGCUCCCAGAUGCCGGAGCUCUUUGGGGUCUGGAGAAGUCGACCGCCUGAAUGAGGAUUACCUGGCCGUGGAAGCCACAGCCGCCCUCGGGAGGGACGCGGUUUGUCCAAAUGGCUCCCGAGAAGCAUGUGAGGGGGCCGGACAUCCGUGUGGCCAUCCCUCAGAGAGCGUCAGACCACUAAGCCCUGCCAACAGCCAGGGGCCCGGCCCGGGCCCAGCCAAGGAGCCCGCUCUGCUCCCAAGCCUGGAGAGGUCCUUCCCCUUCCCCUCUGCACUCCCCAUUCCUGGAGAUAAGGAAAUGGAGACGUCCUCCGUGCAUUUUGUCUUCCCAAGUGUUUGUGCCUCUGAUGGCAGAAAUCCAGGCCAGGAGAACACUGGCAGUCUGGACUCGGCUCCUGCAGAACCCUGGUCCCUCACUGGAGCCCCCAGGACGUUCCCUCGCUGCCCCCCUGAGGGGCUCCCACAGCCCCCUGUGCCAGGACUCGGGGAGGACCUUGCAGGGAGCGGCCGCCCGUUCUGCAUGCCUGGAGGGGGCCCUGCUCCCGAUGGGCCGGGCUGCCCACCAUCAUCGCCCAGAGCCUGGGAUGGACAGCAGCGAGCUGAAGCCCAGGGCUCCGGUCACUCCGUAGAUGGGACUGGCCCUCAGGAGUCGAGCCCUUCUGGUUCCCUGGGGCCUCAGGAUGGCUUGGGCUUCCCUUGGAGGGGCUCUGAGUCUGCACUAGUGAAGAUGCAUCUGUACACCCACAGUGUGAAAGGGCUGGUCCUGUCCCUGCUGGCUGAAGAGCCACUCCUGGAGGAUGGGGCCAUCAUCGAGGACGUGUAUCACAGCAGCCUGGCUUCACUGAAUGGGCUCGAGGUUCACCUGAAGGAGACCCUGCCCAAGGAGGAGUCCCCCAUGGCCCGCACGCCGUACAGCUUUCUGCACUAUGACAGCGUUCAGAACGUGCUCACUGCCAACCUGCCCCCAGCCCCCACCUCCCAGGACCGACACCUUCUCCGGGCCGUCCGGCUGAUUCACUCGGACUUCAGCCAGCUGCCGACUUUGUAUGAGAUGACUGUCAGAAACGCCUCCACUGCAGUGUAUGCCUGCUGCAGCCCCGUCCAGGAAACCUACUUCCAGCAGCUGGCCUCCCCUGCCCGGAGCUCCGGUUUCCCCAGCCUCCAGGAUGGCACCUUUGCCCUCCCGGGCAAGGCCAGGCAGAAGCUGCUCAAGCAUGGGGUGAACCUUCUCUGAGCCCGAUAGCCUGCGGGGGCCGAGGCCGAGCUCCAGCCGUCCCCUCCAGAGCCAGCCCCAAGCUCCUGCCCCAUCCUGAGGAAACACGCCUGUUUGUGGGGUUGGGGGGAGAAGGACCAGCCUCUCUUUGUGCUGGGGACCAAGGGCGUUGGGGGAAGAGCUUCCUGUAUUUGUCAGGAUGGAGUCAGUCCCCAGUCACAGGAGGAGGCUGGCUGCCUCACCAUUGGUGCCUUGGCCAUUUGCUGCCACCGUUCCCUGCCCAGUUUUGAUUAUUCUGCGGCGGGGGCAGCAUGGCCUCCUUUGUAUGCCCUCCUUUGCGUGCCUUGCUGUCGGGCCAGAGCUUCCUCUCACCUAUUGGGUGUGAUCGUAAAAGCUGGAGAUGGUGAUUUAUUUUUAACGAGAUAAGAUUUUAACGAGAUAAGAUAUAUGCUGCCCCUUGAGAGACACACACUUAGUCCUGGCGAGUUGCUCUUGCUUGGGAUAUUUUGGGGGCCUCUCCAGGGAAUAGCCUCCUGAACCCACAGCUCGCUCUUUGGAGGCUCCCCAGGAGGGGCAGAUUCCUGUGUUGGGAGGACACAGAUUUGGUUUUUGGAAACAGCCAUAAGCCACGUGGAGCCGCCACCAAAGUGCAAAGUGGGGGAAUCGAGCUGCUUCUGCUAGAGAGCAGUCACAAGUCAUGAAGUCGGUAGCACCGCUGGGUUUCUUAGGUGCCUACAUUAGGUAGAAACAGCCUCCCUUCCACUCCCCUCUCAUCACCCCAAGCCCCAAAUAUGUGGCACAAGGCAAUAGUGUUAAGCAUGGAGCCUUUGUGAAGGGGCUGGGAAGCAUCUGGGUGGUCUAAAGGGGGCAUGUGUUAGACCACCAGCCUCGGGCCUUUCCAGCACCAGGUGCCUCAUCAGAGAAACCAAACAGCCACCAAAGGCACGGCUCGGUCUCUUCCAGCAGCAGUUGGGAUUCCUCUUUAUUAAUUGAGCCAUUAAAAAUGGGGAAGUAGUAAACUGAUGCCUUAACUUGGAGGAAGUGAUGCGAUGUGUAUUGUUUGUGAACAAGUUUCUACACCUAUGAGUGGACAGUUUAAAAUGUUCCUAUAUCCCUCACCCUGAACAGCAACAUUCUAACCAAGUACAUGAAUCAACAUGUGUCAGUAAACAUGUUUUGUGGCCACUUCCUA